UCUCUCUCUCUCUCUGUUAAAUCGGCGAGUCAACACCGGCGAGUCUUCCUCCCUCCACACAUACCAAAUUACAGACAGAGGACGCAUACAGCUACCAGAACCAGGAGUAGAAUCAUGCUUUUGCUGAUCGACUACGGAUUUUGUUUUGAAACAAUAUCCCUACAUAUGAAAUUUCCCCUAAUUUAAAUGGAAGCCCUAACCCUAAAACAUAUCCCCAUCCGUGGAUCCUCCAAAUGUGGCCGUCUUUGGAUCCUUUAUCCGUCUCAACACUUUUCUCUCUUCUUCUCUGGAGGUUGAACUUCAAUCUCGUCGUUUUUUUGUUGGUCUUAGACUCACUGACCAAUCAGGUUUAGGUUUAGACAAAGUAGAAAAACCACACUAUAUAUAGACAUUCUGUAUAGAAAAGGAAGACGGUAUUUUUUUGUAAAGGCAAGGAAGAGAUGGAGAGCUCUGACGCAGAAACAGGUAUGGUUGAUUGCGGUGUUGGGACCAUCGUUUGGGUUCGGAGGCGGAAUGGGUCGUGGUGGCCGGGUAAGAUACUGGGUCCUGACGAGCUCUCUGCUUCUCAUCUCAUGUCUCCCCGAUCUGGAACCCCAGUCAAACUUCUUGGGAGGGAAGAUGCCAGUGUGGAUUGGUACAACCUGGAGAAGUCCAAGCGAGUUAAACCCUUUCGCUGUGGUGAGUUUGAUGACUGCAUCGAGAGGGCUGAAGCUUCACAGGGAAUGCCUCCAAAGAAGAGAGAGAAGUAUGCACGUAGGGAAGAUGCUAUCCUUCAUGCUCUUGAACUUGAGAAACAACUGCUGGAAAAGAAAUAUGGGAAAUUAGGUGUGCAGUCUAAUGGUUUGAGCAACAAGUUACUAGGAAAUGUAGGAAAAGACACAACCGUAACUCCAGAAUUUUCAUGUGACAAUGGUAAACAUGUGAACUCAAAAAUGGAUCUGUCUCUUGAGGACAAGAGAAAGGGACUUCCUUUGCAGGCACAGAGAGUUGACAGUGGUAGUCAACUGAAUGUAGAUGAUAAAAGCCCAGAUCUACGUCCUAGGGUGAGAGGCUUGCAAGACCUUGGUGUUGGUCCUAUUCCUUCAAAAUAUAAACUUUCUGCCUUGGUUGCUUCAAAUGGCUCCCAUAAGCAUGUUGUUGAUGAUGGGGUUAGUGCAGACCUUCAUGGUCUUACACCAGAAAAUAGAAUUCCUGUUGGUAGUAAAAGUUUGUUGGAGAAAAGGAAAAGGUCACAAGAGGGGAAUACGGAGGAAUCAAUUGGUAAGAGGCGUGAUAGGCGCCGCCCUCUUGUUCAGGUACUCCAGAGUAGUGCAAAGUUACCCCGCAUUCACCCCUUGCAGCUACAGGAUGAUGGUGGCUCUGCUACUCCCCUUGUAGGGGAGGAACAGAGAGAAGCUGUAGACCCUCCUGCAAUUGGAGGCAAUGAUCCAGGCAUGACAGUAAAAUCAGGUGACAGCUUUGACUAUAGAGAAAUUCUUCCUGACCAUGUGGAAAUUUCGACACCCAAGUCUGAAAAAAGAGAUGACUCCUUUCCUGUUGGGUUGAAUGAAGAGAACACUACUGGAUCUAAUGAAGACACUGAAACUGAUUCUUCUGGCACUGAAUCUCUGAUAUCAGACACAUAUGAUGCAAUGGCUGCACUUUCAGAUGAAGCUGAACAUAUUGAAUUUAUACCAAAAGCAUUUGGAAGAUCUGAAGCACAAGGAGAACAUGAGAGCAUGAGUGAUGACUCAGGACUUCCUGAUGACAGUGGUGAUUCCCUACAGACCAGUGUGACGGUCUCCAAAUGGCAACUGAAAGGAAAAAGAAAUAGUCGCAGUUUGACGAAGAGGUACCCAAAUGUAAGCGAGAGAAAGGCCUCCAUGAGUUCUAGCCACUGGGUGAGCUUCAAGGGAGAGGACAUGUAUGGUGUUGAUGGUGCUGAUUCAUUUGACAGAAAUUUGAGAAACCAAGCUAUUGGACAUAGGCGUAGAGACUUGGACUGCAGCCAUGAUAUCAUCAAUUGGGAGGAGUUAACAAGGAAUGAUCAGCCUUGUUUGAAAGGAUACUGGGAGCAGUCAGGUGAGUACCAUGAUUCUGUAUAUGUCAGCCGCCAAUUUGGUGGCAGGAUGAAGUCGAUGUUGAUAGAUGUUGAUGUAGAAGUGCAAUCAGGUUAUCAGAGAGAACAUGUCCCCAUGAUUUCCCUCAUGAGCAAGCUGAAUGAGAAGGCAAUAGUCGGUCAUCCUAUCCCAAUAGAAACCCUAGAAGAUGGUUCAUCUGAUUUGAUUCUUUCUGCAGCUGAUGAGUUGUUUGGAACGGAAUCAUUAGGUUAUGACACAACUCUUCAACCAUGGAGGACUGCGAGGAGGACUGCCAAGUGUAGGGUUCCGCGAUUAUCAACAUUGGAGGAAGAGGAGAGACAUGAUUAUGUAGAUGAAGAAGAUGGAAAGGCGAGUGCACACAAGGGAAGAGCGGGAAAGGUCCCAAAAAAGCCACAAAGGAGAAGCAGUUCAUCUUCUUGCAGUCAGAAAAUAAGAACACUAUCAUCAAUAGGUGGGAGUCAGCAGCAGAGUAUGGAUUUGAAAGGUGAGGGUGAAGGGGUGAUGAAGCCGGAGUCAUUGCCCACAGCAGUUGCUUGUAUUCCUGUUAAAUUAGUGUUCAGUAGGUUACAUGAGGAGUUGGUUGCCCGCCAUCAAUAAAGAUGAAGUAGCUACAUGUAAAUUGUAUGUUAUAAAUAAUAUGAUUAUAUGCUUCCAUUGACAUUGCCAAAAAAAGGUGGUGGUAAGGUUUGUUUUGUUUUACUUGUUUCUACCACCACCAGCAGCACAGCAGAAAGAGGAAACAUUAAAAAUGUGGUGGGUUGGCAGAUGAUAUGCUUUGGAAAGGGAAAAAGUGUAAAUCGAAUAUCCAUCAUAUGCAGUGUAGAACUGUAGGAGUAGAUGAUUAUGAUUUGUACAUUGUAUUUUGAUUAUGAAUGGUGGUAUAUGUGACAUUCCUACCUACCUACCUACCUUUUCUCUU